AUGGUCACUUACACAAAUCAGUACGCAGCCAAGAGAAAUAGAGUAGGUGAUCGUUCAGAAGAAGAGACGUUGGUGUUUAUUGCAAAACUUGUGCUAAGUGGAUAUGUAACAGUGUCACGUUAUCAGAUAAAGACAGUCAUAACGACCUCAUUCAAACAAUUUGCACCUCACGUGCAGCAUCAUUCUGUCGAUGAACCGAUGGUACCAUACUUCGAAAGUCACGGUUGCAAACAAUUCAUAAAAGGGAAACCAAUCCGAUGCGGAUUCAAAUUUUGUUGUGGAGGCACAAGUGGUGGAUAUAUUAUUUGGCUCGAAUCUUACCAAGGAGCUGGCACGUGUAGUAAGGAUUACGAAACGAAAGGUAUGGGGUACGGUAUGGUAAUGACUUAUGUUGACCAGUUACUUCCACAUGUUACAUAUCGAAUAUACUUUGAUAACCUCUUUACUAGUGUUGAACUACUACAUGAUCUAACAGAGAGGGGCGUGGAAGCAACAGGAACAAUAAGAGGAAACAGAGUUAAGAAUUGUACUCUAUCAUCUGUAGAUAAAAUGAUCAAAGAAAAUAGAGGAUCAUAUGAAGUUUGUUCUGACUCAGUAUCCGAGAUUUCCAUUGUACGUUGGAAUGACAACAAUGUUGUUACUGUAGCCACCAACUUUGACAGAGUGCAACCACUACGCUCUGUAGCAAGAUUUUCCAGGGAACAAAAGAAAAGGAUUAGCGUGCCUCAACCCAACUUAUUACAGUCCUACAAUAAUCAUAUGGGAGGCAUAGAUCGAGCUGACCAAAAUACAUUGCAGAGCAAAGUGGCCUGGGAUCUUUACAAGCACAACGAAGAACCCAUAGAUAAUUUCGUCAUCGAAUUGUCACUGCAAUUCUUGAAAGUAACAAAAGAGUCACUUCCGGCAGAGGACGUCCUAGCAAGAGGGCAAAACUAG